ACUUUCUUAUUUUAUUGAGAGAGAGAGAGAGUAGGGUGAACAGCAAGGCCACAUUGAAGCUGCAGUGUAAUUGGUAGAUUGAUAGGUGUAGAAGCUGAAAAGAUUCGAAUCCACUGUUCUUCUUUCGAAUCUUUUGAUCCAAACAAAAUCAACAUGGUUCAGUUCAAGCAGAAGAUUAGUUUAUAUAUACCGGAAUCCGAGCGAUUGACCUGAGAGGUCUGGAGAACGAACGCAUUGUCGGUGGCUUUUGUACAUCCGGCCGUUCGUCGAGCAGGAAUCAAUUGCCUCUGGAAGUCCCCACACUGAAGCAUUUGACGCUUUUUGCUUCCAAUAUGGUUUGGAAAGCUGUCGGAGGAAAUUGAUUGGUUGGAGCGACGAUCGCCUUUUUUUUUUUUUUUGCUUUGUCCUUUUUUGGUUGAUUUUCGGGGGCCAUUCGUGGAUUGGAUUCUCUAUUGGCAUGGAUCAGUACGAGAUCAUGGAGCAGAUCGGUCGUGGCGCUUUUGGAGCCGCCAUUCUCGUCCAUCACAAGGCCGAGAAGAAGAAGUAUGUCUUGAAGAAGAUCCGGCUGGCGAGGCAGACUGAGCGGUGCAGAAGAUCUGCUCAUCAGGAGAUGGCUCUAAUUGCGCGCAUCCAACAUCCUUACAUCGUCGAGUUUAAAGAGGCGUGGGUCGAGAAGGGUUGUUAUGUUUGCAUUGUAACCGGAUAUUGUGAAGGUGGAGACAUGGCCGAGUUGAUGAAAAAGUCCAAUGGCGUUUAUUUUCCAGAGGAGAAACUCUGCAAGUGGUUCACACAACUACUACUGGCAGUCGAAUAUCUACAUUCAAAAUUCGUCCUACAUCGGGAUCUAAAAUGUUCCAACAUCUUUCUAACCAAAGAUCAGGAAGUUCGUCUUGGUGAUUUUGGACUCGCCAAAACUCUGAAGGCAGAUGACUUGGCCUCUUCGGUAGUUGGAACUCCCAAUUACAUGUGUCCUGAACUGCUUGCAGAUAUUCCUUAUGGAUUUAAAUCUGAUAUUUGGUCUUUAGGGUGCUGCAUGUAUGAGAUGGCUGCUCAUCGUCCCGCUUUCAAAGCAUUUGAUAUGGCAGGAUUAAUUAGCAAGAUAAAUCGUUCCUCUAUUGGUCCUCUGCCUUCCUGCUAUUCUCCAUCUUUGAAAACACUUAUCAAAGGCAUGCUACGGAAAAACCCGGAGCAUCGGCCUAGUGCAUCCGAGAUUCUGAAGCACCCAUAUUUGCAGCCUUAUGUAGAUCAAUAUCGUCCACCAUUCAGUCCUCCAACAGGAUGUUCCCCAGACAAGCCUUUUUCAACCACUCGUAAUUCUCGAGGAAAUAUGGCUGAAAGCCAAAACAGCACUAGUUCUAGCAGUGACAAAGAUAGUUUGCUGUCAAGUGAAAAGAAUAUUCCAGUGACAGUCUCAAACAGUAAUAGCAAAGGCACUGACACCGAAUUGGCUUCUACUGAUGAUGAAGAUGGCUCUGAGAAGCUUCUGCUUAGCGAAGAAGAAAAUCGGCUCCACAUGUGCACAGUCAAAAUGGGUGAGCAAGAGAUGAUGAAACCCCUUCAUCAUGAACAUGUAUCUAGUAUUGAAUCAAGGCAGCCAAAAACCAUUAAAAAUAUAAUGAUGGCUUUAAAAGAAGGGAAAGUUAGAGAAAAUAGUUCUCCAAUGAGGGGCAAUCGAAUAAAGGCUGGGGCUGCACUGGCCCAAAGAACCAACACUGAAGCAUUUCCUAAAGUGCCCAGACCUAGUGCCGUUGCUCUUGGUUUCAAGGCUAAUGCAGAUACACCUCCUGUUGCACCUGGAAAGGCAUCCUUUGAUCCUGCAAAGCGGAUUCAGGGAUCAGAUCCCUUAAAGCAUCAGUUGCCUGUAAUCGAGUCCUCACCUAAAACUAAACCCAAACAUGAUGUGACUCCUCCAUCUGGUCCUGUAAAACAGGCUGUUGAAGAUGGACCUAAUGCCAAGCCAAGGCAAAGAACCCCACCUAAUGUGGUGAGACGAUCACCAUUUCCAGCACGGAUGAAGCAAGUGGGGCAUGAUGUUCCAAAUGCAGCGAGCAGUAUUGUCAAGUUUGGUCCAAGUGAGAUUCACCAUGAAGCUGAAAAGACUCCUCUUCAAGUGCCUAACAGUUGCCUAACACAUGUUUCUAGGCAGAUCAUUCAAGAGCCUCAGAAGGCUCAAGAAAGAGGUUCAAAAGGAAUGCAAACAGAGAGUAGCAAUUCUGUCUCAUCUUCAAUGUCAAUUCAAGGAUCUGAGGCUUGUGAUGAAUCCACUGCACCAUUUAUUGAAAUGGAAGGACGGAUACUUCUUGAUAAUAAGAGUAUCACUCAUACCCAAAGUAUUAAAUCAAAUACAACCAACAGCUCAUCUGCUACCCAGUUGCAUUCCAAGAUGUCUGGGGAAACCCAUGGAUGUGAUACUACACCCGUGACAUCUUUGGUCCAAACCUUGGAGAUCCCAGAUGUUAAAAAUACCAUUGUUGUCAACAAGCAAAUGAGUUCAAAUGCAUUUCAAGAACUCCCAGCCCCAAGUUCUGAACAAAUCUUUGUUUGCAGAGAUGAUACCCCCUUAAGCAGGCCGAGUAGUAGGCCUGACACAUCGGUACAAUCAAACCUUAUAUGUGCAUCCAGUGGUGAUGACAAGUUCACUGUGAGGGAACAUUUAUCAUCAGUUGCAGAUACUACCCCUUCCAUUGCGUCUCCCAUAUCCUCAGGCCAAAAGAUUUUGCAUCCAGAUAAAGGAAUCAUUUUGCCAAAUCCAACAAUUGAAAAACCAGGUGCCACCCAUCUUUCCCCAGCAUUUGAUGAUGUUAUACAUGUCAUACGGCAUAGUAGUUUCCGUGUUGGGAGUGAACAGCCCAUAUUGGAAACUGUAGAUAUGGGGGUUCAGAAUGUGGACGUUGGUAAGCUUAUAAACGGAGUAAGAGAUGAAAUGGAGACAAGAAACACGAACUCUUCUGCAAAUAUUAAAUCAUCAAGUGGCUCUGAAACGUUGAGUUUAAAAUCAAAUGUUUCUGAUCAAUCAAGUCUCAAGGAAGCAGAUAUGAGAGUUCCUGACCCUGCUGUUCCAAAAUCUGAUAUCGCAGAGCCAACAAAGCCCAACCUUCCCGUGACCGAAGAGGAACCACCAACAAAGGAAAUUUUGGAUGUCAAAUCUUUUAGGCAGAGAGCAGAGGCACUUGAAGGGCUACUUGAGUUGUCUGCAGAUUUGCUCCAGCAAAGUAGAUUGGAGGAGCUUGCAGUUGUUUUGAAGCCUUUCGGGAAAGACAAGGUCUCUCCGAGGGAGACAGCUAUUUGGUUAGCAAAAAGUCUUAAAGGAAUGAUGAUUGAAGACAUUGGGCGGAGUUCAUGAAUUAUAAUAUCCAAGGGUGCAUGCAUGUGGGUCCAAUCGAAUGGUGUAAACUCUCACUUGGAUUUUGUUUCACCAUGGGGGAAAACCAACGUGCUGGGUGUUGCGCGCCACUUUUGAUGGCCAUCUGGGGUGGAGUCGCUUGGAUGGCGCUGCUGACGGUUGGCAGUGCAACCACUCUCAGUGUUAUGUGUGGGUCGUGUUGAUAUUGUUUUACAUUUAGGUAAAAUAAAAAUACUGUUUAAAAAAAUUGGGCACUUUUAGUGUUUUAGGGAUUUUGAUCUGAUUUCAAUGAAAAUAUCAUGUGGUGUUAUCAAACGAAAAAGAGGAAUAGACAUUUA